UAAAUCUAUAUAAUGCUCAUAUCUUUGAUUCGGAAACUAUUUUAAAUUAAACCUUCUUUGUUGGUGAUCAUGGCAAUCUCCAAAAUCCAACGUGGUAUCUUGUCAUUCAAACUACCUCAGAAGUAGUUGCUCACAUGAUGACUGCAUCCCAAAUUCUCAAUAUAUAAUGAAGAUGAGAAAAAACACCACAGUCCUGAUAAUCGAUUCAACACCAGUGGAAAUGGGGAUGAAAUUUCUGUGGUGCUGCGGAAUGAGGAGAACUGAGUCAAUGAAGAAGGGUUCUCUGAAAUCUUCGAAAAGUACACUCUCAGAUGAUUUGCCCAGGAGUACUUCCAUGAUCACAGUCGGAAGCAAACAGAGAAUAAUAGCCGAAGAUGCACUCAGGAUCAGAGCUCCUGCAGAAAUAUUCACCUUCAGGGAGCUGGCGAUUGCAACGCAGAAUUUCAAUCCUGAUUUACUUUUGGGUGAAGGAGGAUUUGGGAGGGUAUACAAGGGAUACAUUGAGAAAACGGAACAGGUAGUCGCUGUCAAGCAGCUUGACAGAAAUGGGAUUCAGGGAAACAGGGAAUUCCUAGCAGAGGUCCUGACUCUCAGCAUGGUUCACCAUCCCAACCUUGUCAAUCUAAUCGGGUACUGCGCCGAUGGCCAACAACGGAUAGUCGUGUAUGAAUAUUUGCCUAAUGGAUCUUUAGAAGAUCAUCUCCUUGAUUUGCCACCGCAUAAGAUGGCUCUAGAUUGGUACACCAGGAUGAAGCUUGCACUUGGGGCAGCACGAGGGCUCGAAUAUCUGCAUGAUGGAGCGAAUCCUCCUAUAAUAUUCCGGGAUUUUAAGACAUCCAACAUAUUGUUAGAUGAUAAGUUCAACCCAAAGCUUUCAGAUUUCGGUCUUGCUAAGUUAGGACCAACAGGGGAACAAGAACAUGUCUCCACGAGGGUAAUGGGAACAUAUGGCUACUGUGCGCCGGAGUAUGCUCAGACAGGCAAGCUGACGACCAAAUCUGAUGUCUACAGCUUUGGAGUGGUACUUUUGGAGAUCAUUACAGGUAGACGAGCCAUUGACAGCUCCAGACCACCUGAGGAGGAGAAUCUUGUCGUAUGGGCAAAGCCACUCUUCAAGGACAAGACGAAGUUGUUGUUGAUGGUGGAUCCAUUGCUGGAAGGGAAUUACCCGGUAAAGGGGCUCUUCCAAGCCCUUGCCGUAGCAGCAAUGUGCCUGCAAGAUGAAGCCAGCACACGGCCCCUGAUUGGAGACGUUGUCACUGCCCUUGAAUACUUGGCCAUCGUUACUGAAUGUGACAACACUAAUGAAAGAGAUAUGCCACUAUAGAACUUCAUCCUUUAGUUUUCGUAGCAUAGAAAAUGAAUUUGUUGAUUGGUGUGGAAAGUCACUGUUUAAAUCAAAACAAGACUAGCAAUUACAUAUUUUCUAAAACAUUAUGUGUAACAUUUUUUGGUCACAUAAAGGUAUAUUGAUCUUACUAUUCAUGCAGCAUGUUUAUU